UCAACCUUUUUCAAUCUAUACACACACAUAUAUAUUCUCUAAAAUUUAACUUCCCAUCAAAAACCCUAAUUUUCUUUUGAAGUUAAAAGGAUGGGAUUACAAAGCCAGCUAAACGACGUGUCCUCAGAUUCGAUCCCGCUUCUCCUCGUAGCCAUAAUCGCCAAGUGCGUCGGCUAUAUCCGAAGUCUCCUCUCGAGUUUCCUCCAUGCGAUUGGCCUUUUCCCUUGCCCGGACCAGCCCACCACCAGCACCAUCGACGAUGUCGGACUCCUGGGUUCCGGCCUCGCCACCCUCAUGGUACUCGCCGAGCAGCUCAACCUAAACAAGACUUUCUCCUACAAAUACCGCGGGGGAGGAAAGGGGUCCGAUUGUAUCGUGUGCUUGUGCGGGCUGAGAGACGGGGAACAGGUGAGAAAACUCGAUUGCUGCCGCCACGUGUUCCAUAAGGAUUGCUUUGACGGUUGGCUGGAUCAUCUCAAUUUCAAUUGCCCGCUCUGUAGAUCCCCUCUCAAAACCGAUCAUCAUCGCGUCGGUUGCACGCGUAAGCGCGUCGGGCAAGAUUUGCUCGCCUGGUUUACUUCAGCCUGAUUGAUUGGAUUCCGACCAAGAUUUUAGCGAUUGGGAAUUCUAGAGACUUACGUAUCCCCCCCCCCACUUGGAGUCCGAUUGAUCUCUAUUUCAACUAUUGUUUUGAGAGGGUUGUUUGGCAACUUUCUUUUCUUAUAACUAUUUUUAAUUUUAUUUCCAACCCCCCCCCCCUUCAUCUU